UUAGCUGCAUUGAGAUCUCGAGUACUGCAGAUGCUCGCAAGCAAGCGCUACACCGCUAAUGAACUUGAAGAGACAAUUAAGCCGAAAACUUCAGCUUUGAAAGCCAGUUUAAUUGCUUUUUUGGAAAAAGUUUCCAUAAUUGAUCCUGACGGCUCUGGAAAGUUAAUUUGUAAGGAUUUAAAAAUUGAUAAAAAGGCUGAGUCGUUUCAGAAUUUACAGAACAAUAAAAUCGUUAGUGAUGGUUCUACAAAAGAAAGUUGUGGAAAAAAAGAUUUAACAUUCGCGUUGCAGUGUCAAACUUCUCACGAUUCAAAUCCUACUGCCGCUGCCGGCACUGAAGACAUUGAUUUAAUUAAUAAACAGCACGAAAAGUUCUUAGCUGAGCAGCGUCCCAGCGAGACCGUAGAAAAGUAUAAAACCAUAGAAACACCCGAAAUCUUUCAACAAUACUGCCAGGAAUUUAAUUUGAAGCGCCAGCGAUACUUGGAGCUAAACGCUAAAUUGAAGAGCAAUCGCGAGGAUUUUGUUAAUUUGAGCAACCAACUUCAAGAUUAUCAACAAAGCAAAAAAACUGAUAGUGAAGAGUAUUUGCUGUUAAUGCGGUCCGUCGUGGAUUUGUACAAGAAACGCGCAAAAGAUCUCGUGAGUUGGGAAAAUGAAUAUGAAGAUUUAAAAAAUUCUUUAAUUGAAAUCAAAGAAUGUGUUAACGAUUAUCUUCUAAAACAAUAAGCUUUAAAGCAACUCUUUAAU